AGCGUGCCUUUUCUCUGAGAGCCAUAUUAAUAUCAUUUAUAAAACUCUUUUGUUAGCGUGUCUGAUCAUCAGUAUUGUAAUUACAUCGUCCAUAACAAGAGGAGAAUUUAAAUGCAAAUGCAGUAUUUCAGUACUCUCGAUUAGACUGCAGAUCUAUUAAGAUGAAAAUAUUUCUCAUUUUUGUUUCAAUUCUGUUUAUAACUUCUGUUCUUGCAGAAGGAUCUGCUGUAGCUUCUGGUCCUUUAUGUCGGGGCCGCAUAUGCGAUGACAGGCCUGAAUGUCCGAGGACAACAUGUCGGUGCAUUUAUCCCAGUCGACUCUACUGCGACGUCUAUUAUCAUUGUCUUAAUGGAAAACCAUACCAGUACAUAUGCUCUCCCGGUUUGUACUUCAAUAAUGACACUCUGUCCUGUGACUACAGCUAUAAUGUGAACUGCACGCUUGGAACUUCACCUGCAGCAACUCACACUACUAGUUCCAUGCCUCCAACAGAGAUAACGAAUGCAACAAUCAGGAGUACUACAGAGGAAGCUACAACUACUGAAGCUCCUGUGACAACUAUACAAGAAAUUACGACAAAAACAGAAAUCAGCACAACUCAAAAAGUCUCAACGACUUUAGUUCCAUCGACACAUAAAGAAGAAACCACAGUAACUGCGGUUAGCACAACUGAAGGAAAAAAAGCAACGACUAUACUUAGUACUACUGAGAAAGAAACAACUCCUGCUGAUAUCAGCACAGGAAAAGAACCAACAACAACUACUAGAAUCCGUACAACCAAAGAAGCAAAAACUCCAGAAAUGAGUACAGUAUCCGAAGACAAAUUAACCACUAAGAAUUUUAGAACAACUCUUGAAGAUACUACAACUACGAAGAAUGCAACAAAAGCAACAGAAGCCACAAAACCAUCUAAUAUAACUAAUGUACCGGUUACAUUAACCACAACUGAGACUUUCUCAACUGAAAAAGUCUUCACAAACAGCAGUUUUACUACCAAAAGCGUUGAAAAAACAACGGAAAAAAUGGUAAGUGCAAGUACAGUCCCUCCAUCUCUUGAAUUCAGCUGUCCCUCGCGGUUUGGUUUGUUUCCCGACUCAAGAAGCUGUUUCAGAUUUUAUCAUUGCUCACAUUGGGUUCCUCACCACAAAUGGUGCCCUUCUGGUCUUCAUUUCAAUCCCACAUUAAGAGUCUGUGACUGGCCUUAUCGAGCAGGAUGUGGUAAAAUACAACCAUCUACGAUAAUCGAUAUUCAGCCAACUCCAGGAAUUCCUGGUGAAAAAAAUAUUACUCACUGUGAUUGUGACUGUUGCGAAAUUCCAGUACCAGGGGAAUGCAAUGCUUAUAUAUUGUGCAUUGACAAAACAGCUUUCAAAUUAACGUGUGAUAAAGAUUUGUAUUUCAAUCCAAUGACUGGUACUUGCGAUUUACAGAAAAAUGUGCAUUGUGAAACUGAUGUGAAAUGCUUGAAGCCUUUUGGGAGAUUUUCGUAUCCAAAUUCGUGCAGUCAUUUUAUAGAAUGUCAGAAUGGACUAAAAACUGUCAAAAGUUGCCCCGAAGGGCUGAAAUUUGAUAACGUCACACAGAUGUGCAGUUGGACUGGAUCAUGUGGAGGUAAUACAUACCCGCCUGCUAUUCCCGAAACAACUGAUCCAAGCAUUUGCUAUGGAUGCACCUUCUGCUUUAAACAAGAUUUGCAAGACUGUACUCGCUACAUCAUGUGUUCUAACGGAGAAGCUUUCAAAGGACAGUGCAGUGAAGGAUUGUUCUUCAAUUCCAAUUCCCAGAUGUGUGACCAUGACGUGAAUGUCAAGUGUCCCGAGCCAGUUUCUUUCCCAGAAUGUCCGGCAGAGAAUGGCUAUUUUCCAUAUCCAGGAGAAUGUGGGUUGUAUCUACAUUGUAUAAAAGGAAAUAGAUACGUGAAGCAAUGUACUGGUAUUUUGCAUUUUGAUCCGAAAAAGAAGCAGUGUGAUUGGCCAUGGUCAGCCGGAUGUCGUGACGAAUCGCAAAUUUCUACCCCCGAACCUGUUUCCAACACAACAACAUGUGACUGCAACUGUUGUCUACAACCCGUCGGCAAUGAUUGUAGAGGAUUUAUACUUUGCAUCGAGCACAUAGGUUUCAAGGGCUCUUGUUCCUCUGGACUGCUUUUCAAUCCCAAGACAGAGAACUGCGACUUUCCAGAGAAUGUACAAUGUGAGGUCAGUCCAGAUCCAUCUGGAUACCAGUGUCCGGAAUAUGAAGGUCUCUUUCCUCAUACGGACGAUUGCAAGAAAUUUAUUCACUGUGCACAUGGAUUUCCAUAUAUCAAAGACUGUCCAGUGAAUUUACACUUCAAUCCUACUUUAAAAGUUUGCGAUUGGCCAUAUUCAGCCGGCUGUGAAGGUUUUCCAACUGUUGAACCACCUCCAGAUGAUCAUAAACUUCCCUGUGAUACCUGCAGUUCAUGUUUCAUACCCAACGAAAACGACUGUGCAGCAUACUUGUACUGCAAAAAUGGAACAGCAUACAAAAUGAGAUGUUCUGAUAAUCUUCUGUUUAACCCUCAAACAGAAGUCUGCGAUUUGGCAAGCAAUGUGGACUGCGCGAUUCCUCCUAGCGGACAUUGUCCGAAACGAGAUGGUCUUUUUCCGUCACCAGAUUGCUUUAAGUUCAUCCACUGCUCAAACGGCAUUCCUUACUUGAAGAAUUGUCCAGAUGGAUUGCAGUUCAACUCGUAUUCUCUCGUUUGUGAUUGGCCAGAAAAUGUAAAUUGUGAUGAGCCACCAAUAAAGCCUACUAAACCAGACGAUGAGAAUCCCAUCAUCUUGAACAGAACUUGCGAUUGCGAAUGCUGUUUUUACAGAGAUGAGAUAGAUUGUUCGAAAUAUCUGUUAUGCCUCGAUGGUUUUCUACACGAAGGAAAAUGCUCUGAUGGUCUGUUGUUCAAUUACCUUAGUCAAAACUGCGAUUUAGCAGAUAGAGUGGAUUGUGGCGACUUAACUCCUAUAUGUUCAUCACCAAACGGAUUUUUUCCAAAUCCGAAAGAUUGCUCCUCUUAUUACCGUUGUUCAGGAGGAAUUCCACACCUAGAACAAUGUCCUAAAGGCAAACAUUUUAGUGCUAAGACAAAGCAAUGCCUUGAUCCUUGUGAUGCCGACUGUGAUACAAGUUUAGAUUGUACAUUUUCGACACCAUCCAUUGAAACAACAACAGGAAUCAACCCACAUUGCAAAGCUGCUUACGGCCUCUUUCCAAUGCCUGGCAGUUGCACGGCUUUCUUCAGCUGCCUUAAUUAUACCAGCUACAUCUCCCAGUGUCCCGAAGGCUUACACUUCAAUGCUGAAGAACUGUUAUGUCAAGAACCAUGCGAUGCAAGAUGUGAUCUCACAAUAGACUGUAAAUCAACGCCUAGUACAGAAACGAGUAUUUUGCCGUCUUCAACGCCAUCUAUCUGUAUUGAUGAAUAUGGUAUGUAUCCAGUAGAUGGUGACUGUACAUCUUUCUAUCAAUGCUCUAACGGACGACCUUAUAUUGUGAAGUGCCCGAAAGGUCUGCAUUUCAGUGUUGAACAGGAAACUUGCGAACAUCCUUGUGAUGCUCAGUGUGAUAGAAGUAUCGACUGCACAUCUCCAACCAUUCAGAUCUCAACCUCCUCCAUUAGUUUUACAUCUUCGACAACUAUAUCUCCAAACUGCCUUGAGCCGGAUGGCCUAUUCCCAGUUGCAGGUGAUUGUACAUCUUUCUACCAGUGCGCUAACGGUCAGUCCCAUCUGGUGCGAUGCCCUAGUGGGCUGCAUUUCAGCCAUCAAUAUGAAGCGUGUGAGCAUCCAUGUGAAGCAAAGUGUGAUGAAACAAUAGACUGCACUUCUCCAACAGCAAGUAGCACAUCUUCCACUAAACAUUCUACUGUUUCUACAACCAUAUCUCCCCACUGUCCACAAUCUGAUGGGCUAUUUCCCGUAGAAGAAGACUGCACAUCUUUCUACCAGUGCUCCAGUGGGCGGGCUCAUCUACUACGAUGUCCAAGCGGGUUACACUUCAGUCCCGAAUUUCAGAUUUGCGACCAUCCAUGUGAAGCAAAAUGUGAUAAAACAAUAGAUUGUUCCUCUCCAACGACUGAAAGUAUAUCUUCUUCUACGACUUUUAUAAUUUCUACAACAAUAUCCCCAAACUGCCUACAGCCUGAUGGUCUAUUUCCGGUAGAAAACGACUGCACAUCUUUCUAUCAAUGCUCCAAUGGGCGAGCUCAUAAAGUACAAUGUCCAAGAGGAUUACACUUCAGUCCUGAAUAUCAAAUUUGCGAACAUCCAUGCGAAGCCAAAUGUGAUAACACAAUAGACUGCUCAUCUCCAACUACUGAAAGUAUAUCUUCCUCUACAAGCUCUACAGUUUCUACAACCAUAUCUCCAAACUGUUUGCAACCCGAUGGACUAUUUCCUGUAGAAGAAGACUGUACUUCGUUUUAUCAAUGUUCCAACGGGCGGGCUCAUCUGGUGCGAUGUCCAAGUGGACUACACUUUAGUUCUGAAUAUAAAGUCUGUGAACAUCCAUGCGAAGCUAAAUGUGAUGAAAGAAUUGACUGCACUUCACCAACAACUUCCAACUCUAUAGCUUCUACUAUAUCUACAACAAUGUCUCCAAAUUGCCUGCAACCAAAUGGACUUUUCCCGGUGCCAGGCGAUUGCACAUCUUUCUACCAAUGUGCGAAUGGACAUUCCCAUCUUGUCAAGUGCCCUUCUGGAUUACAUUUCUGCCUUGAAUCUCAAACCUGUGAACAUCCAUGUGAAGCUAAGUGUGAUACCACAAUAGAUUGCACGUCUCCGACUACAUCCACGUCCUCUACAACUAUCUCUCCCAACUGUCCUCAUGCGAAUGGGUUUUUCCCAGUAAAAGGCAACUGUGAAUCGUUUUAUCAGUGCUCCAAUGGCCAAUCCUACCUCCUUAAAUGCCCAAAUGGUUUACAUUUUAGUUUUAAACAUCAACUGUGUGAACGUCCUUGCCUAGCAGAAUGUGAUAAAUCAAUAGAUUGUACAUCUUCAACAACUGAAGAAUCCAUAUAUUCAACAACUGCAUCACCACACUGCCCUCAACCAAAUGGUCUAUAUCCUGUAGAAAAAGACUGUACAUCAUAUUAUCAAUGUUCUAAUGGGAAAUCACAUUUAAUGAGAUGUCCUAUCGGGUUACAUUUCAGUCCAGAAUAUCAAGCAUGUGAACAUCCCUGUUAUGCUGGAUGUAAUAAAACAAUAGACUGUUCUUCUCCAACACCGGAAGAAGUUUCAAGCUCUACAACUGAGAAGAUCAGCACCCUGUCACCUCAUUGCCUGGAACCUAACGGCUUGUUUCCUGCAAAUGACUGUUUUUCAUUUUAUUUGUGCUCUAAUGGGAAAGAACAUCGCAUACAAUGUCCACCAGGAUUGCAUUUUAGUGUUGCCCACGAAGCCUGCGAAGACCCGUGUGUAGCUCGCUGCGAUCCAGAUAUAGAAUGCACUACAUCUACAAAACCUACCACUCAAAUGUAUUCUACUCCUUCCACAACAUACAAACCCGUAUCUCCAGAGUGCAUUGAACCUGAAGGAUUAUUUCCUAACCCCGAAGAUUGCGGUUCUUUCUUCCAGUGUUCCAAUGGCCGAGCCCAUCUUGUGCGUUGCCCAACUGGAUUACACUUCAGCAAAAAUGAUGAAAUAUGCGAGAUACCCUGUGUUGCUGGAUGUAACAUAAGCAUUUCGUGUCCAACUGAAAUACCAGAUAUCGAAGGAAACUGCACCUGCGAAUCUUGCUUCUUACCAGACCCAACGGACUGCUCUGCAUAUUACUUCUGCAGCGACAGACAUCUUACAAAAGGCUACUGUCCAUACGGUAUGCUAUUUGACAAAAUAUCCACUCAGUGCGAAAAUGAGGAUGAAGUAGAUUGUGAAGCUACUGGAGACCCCGCAAUGUGCCCGGAACCUUUUGGCAUCUUUCCUUAUCCUGGAGACUGUAAAAAAUUUCUGUACUGCGAAAAUUCUGUAGCCCAUGUAAGGAAAUGUGAUCCCGAAUUAGAGUUCGAUCCUGAAAACAAAGUGUGUUCCACUCCAAAAGGAUACUGCGGUUCUGUAACCAUUGAUCCUCACUGUAAGCGACCAACUGGUCUGUUUCCCUAUGCUGGGAACUGUAGUUUAUUUUACCAGUGUGAAAAUGGUGUAAGCUAUUUGAAAGCAUGCAACUCACCUCUCUUAUUUAAUCCUCAAAAGGAAGUCUGUGAUUGGCCUGAAAAUGUUGAAUGCGGAAAAGUCAAGUCUACAACUUUGCCAACAAGUUCUACUGGCUCCGAACAGACAAAUGCGUCAACAUCAACGCUGGAACCCAUUUCCACCAGUCUGCCAUUAAGUUGUCAUACAGUCCCUGGCAUUAUUUGUCCUUGUGCCUGUAGAGUGCCCACUUAUGAUGAUUGCAGCUCAUUUUAUCAGUGUCAAGAUGAUGGGACGGCAUGCAAGAAAUAUUGUCCUGAUGGUUUGUAUUUCAAUAAACGAGAAAUGGUUUGCGAUCUGCCGAACAAUGUCGAAUGUAGAGAUUUUUUCUUUACUGCUAUGACAAUGCUUAAAUCAUCCAGUAGGCAUCAGGAAUUUAUAACUGAAUGAACUGUUUUCCUGUUUUGUACGGAUAGUAAUUUUGAAUGUAUAAUAUCUCAUUUCUUACGUUUUAGUGUUUUCUAUCUGAAAUGACCAUCUGUUUGGUAAUAACUCUGCAUUCAAACUGUAAAAUUGCUUGUAUUCUGAUAAACUUAGAGAAAUAAAAUUAUCAUUUUUUAAGCUAUG